GAACCGCCUGUUAGCAGCACUGCAGAUGGACUAAAGCAGAGUCAGCUCUGCCACAUCCUCCCCCUCCUCACACACACACACACACACACACACACACACACACACCAUGGACGAAUUUCUCACAUCCUGGCGUCGCUACAGUUAACCAUCAUCGGCUGCAUUAACCUACACGCGACCUGACGCUAGCUAACCGUUUUUUUCUGUUUUUUCUCCCCCUCUCUCUCUCUCUCUCUCUCUCUCCCUCCCUCUCUCCCUCUCUCUCCUCGUGGACGCCGGGUUCUCAGCUGUGGAGAAGGAGAAUGAAGCGGCUUUUUGUCAGAGCUGUGCCGGACAAAGCCAUGAACCCCUGGCUGCUUUUGGCUCUCCUCGGACUCUGUGCAGCAUUUGGGCCCAGUAAACAGGAAGAAGAGGACUAUGAAGACGUGCCCAUAAAUAAAACCUGGGUCUUAUCACCGAAGGUCUACGAGAGCGAUGUGACUUUGAUCCUAAAUAAACUGCUGCUGGGCUACGACAACAAGCUGCGGCCUGACAUCGGAGUGAGGCCGACAGUGAUUGAAACAGCCGUGUAUGUCAACAGCAUUGGACCAGUGGACCCCAUCAACAUGGAAUACACCAUUGACAUCUUCUUUGCCCAGACAUGGUACGACAGCCGGCUGAAGUUCAACAGCUCGAUGAAGCUGCUCAUGCUCAACAGCAACAUGGUAGGCAAAAUCUGGAUCCCCGACACAUUCUUCAGGAAUUCCCGCAAAUCAGAUGCCCACUGGAUCACCACUCCCAACCGCCUCCUGAGGCUGUGGAGCAAUGGGAGAGUCAUGUACACACUGAGGUUGACUAUUAAUGCGGAGUGUUACCUUAAGCUGCAUAACUUUCCAAUGGAUGAACACUCGUGUCCACUGGAGUUUUCAAGCUAUGGUUAUCCUAAGAAUGAGAUCAUGUACCGGUGGCAGAGACGGGCCGUGGAAGUGGCAGACCAGCGGUACUGGAGACUCUACCAGUUUGCCUUCGUAGGGUUGAGGAACUCCACUGAUGUGGCACACACCCAGUCAGGGGAAUAUGUAAUCAUGACGAUCUUUUUUGACCUGAGUCGGAGAAUGGGCUACUUCACCAUCCAGACCUACAUUCCCUGCAGUAUGAUCGUGGUCUUGUCCUGGGUCUCGUUCUGGAUCAACAAGGAUGCCGUCCCAGCUCGCACAUCUCUAGGUAUCACCACAGUCCUAACGAUGACAACUCUAAGCACCAUCUCCCGGAAGUCCCUGCCCAAGGUUUCCUACGUCACUGCCAUGGACCUGUUUGUCUCUGUCUGCUUCAUCUUCACCUUUGCUGCCCUCAUGGAGUAUGGCACUCUGCACUACUUCACCAGCAACAGACAGACCAAGAAGUCUAAAUCCAACAAUAACACACAACAGAAAGCACCCAGCAUGGUGAAUAUCCGACCUGGCACGUCCUUGCUGCAGAUGAACAGCAUCGUGCCCUAUCACGAGGAGGCUGACUAUGCUUACGAGUGUUUGGAUGGAAAAGACUGCACCAGCUUCUUCUGCUGCUUCGAUGACUGCCGCACAGGUGCUUGGCGCGAAAACAGAAUGCAUGUGCGGGUCUCCAAGAUCGAUUCAUACUCACGAAUAUUCUUCCCCACUGCUUUUGGCCUUUUCAAUCUGGUUUAUUGGAUUGGUUAUCUGUAUCUAUAAAACCAGUACCUCAAAGAAGGGCAGCUGGAGUUUGACAUAUGCAAGCAUUUCACAUUAGCAUAGCUGCUCUUGCAGCAUCAGAAGUAAUAGCUACUUAGCAAACAAA